UCAAACCGGUUCAGCUCCUCACCCGCAGCCUCGCCACCGGCGUACAGGGAGUGAGCACCUGCGCCAAACGUCUAUCACGAUUUAGAUUAGAUAUCUCCAAAUUGGACAUGAGGCAGAUGCUGAAUAUUAGUCGUGGAGCAGACAAUUGACCUAAACGUUGAAGGUGUAGUGCGUUGAAUCUUUUUUUGCUCACUUACCGGUUCUUUUUCUUUUUGCCGUUUCACCCAUUCGACUCAUCGCUGACAGUCAGACGAUACGAUUGGAGCACCGGGGUAGGCUACGUUUGAAACACCUGCACAAAAGCGCAACGUACCGCUCUAGCAUUCCUGCGGAAUUUGUAAAAACUUCUUUCAGGUCCAGGAUGGCUGUGGCUGUGCAUGUACCUGGUCGACAGGCUGUCCCGUCUCUGCUGCUGCUGCUUCUGUGUGCUGGCCUAGGGGUGAGCGAGGCAGCCUCCAUAGUGAACAUGCGUAGAGUCAUCCACCCUACCAUACAAGAGCCACUGGCCGGGUUCGCUCACCUCCCCUGCGUCUUCACCCACGAGCCCAGUGAGCCCAGCCCCUCUAGCCAGCCUCCCCAUAUCCAGUGGACCCGAACCUGGGUACUGCGUGGAGGAAUGGGGGAUCCCCUGGAGCAGAUGGUUCUCUCAGCCAAAGGUGACGUGGUGAAGGUGAAUAAGGCUUUCGCUGGGCGGGUCAGGUUGCUUGGAUACGCUGCCAACAACCGAAAUGCUACCAUGGAGAUCUCAGGCCUCCGUAGCAACGACACAGGCACCUACCACUGCCAGGUUGUCGUGGGCGGCAACUACGAGCGAGACGUAUUGCCCCUUGUGGUGAUGGGUGUUGUGUUCCAUUACCGGUCUCCUAGUGACCGUUACGCCCUCUCGUUCGAUGACGCCCAGUGGGUCUGUCAGGAGAACUCUGCCCUCAUCGCCACGCCGACCCAGCUGUGGGCAGUUUUCCACAAUGGCUAUGCAAACUGUGCUGCCGGAUGGCUCUCCGACCAGACUGUCCGCUAUCCUAUCCAGUCACCAGAGCGUGGUUGCUAUGGACAACAGGAGUACUCGGCUGGUGUGAGGAAUUAUGGGAAGAGAGACCCUAAUGAGCUGUUUGAUGUCUACUGUUUCGCCGGGGAACUGGACGGUGAGGUAUUCCACUCAUGGGUCCCAGGGCGUCUGACUCUAUCCUCUGCCUCAGAACGCUGCAUCUCCCUGGGAGGACAGUUGGCCACGGUGGGGCAGCUCUACCUGGCCUGGAAGGCUGGGCUGGACAGCUGUGCUCCAGGCUGGCUCUCUGACGGUAGUGUCCGCUACCCUAUCACCCAGCCCAGGCAGGGCUGUGGAGGGGCCCAGCCAGGGGUCCGGACUGUCGUUCCCAACACCAAUGGAACCGCAACCAGCAGCGGAUCGGCCAAUGCUACGGACACCACACCGCUCUACGAUGCCUAUUGCUACAGAGGGAACGUAAAGAAGCCAGGCCCCAUCUCUAAGAUCUACGCGUCUCUGUGGAAGCCCUGGAGCUACCUGACCGGCCCCAGCGACACAGGCACUCCAGGAACAGACAGCCUUUCCCUGGCUACUGAGACCAGCAGCAACCCCCCGACCACAGGGAGCCGUAACCUUUCACCUUCUGGUGACCUCACACCUUCGACCUGGUCAGGAUUGGUUGAUCUGGAGGAAGAGGCCGGCUCUUCUUCAGACCCCUGGUCCUCAGAGUCCUCUGAGGGGUAUGUCACCCUGCAGCUGAGCCCAGGAGAGAGCUCUCUAGCCUGGGGAGACCUGGGAGACAUGGACCCUAACUCUGGAGUUUUCCUCAGACCUCCAGCCACCCCCAGCCACGGUCCAAGUUCUACCACACAGAAAGAGGCGUUAUCAGCCCCUACUGACAGAAAGGUGAUGGCCAAGAUAGUGAAGUCCAUGUGGAAGCCGUGGAACUACCUGGCAGGGGUGACAGAAGGUACCCCAGGAAGAGGCAGUCCAGAGGUGGAGAGAAGGGGAACUACGGAGGGGACAGAGAGCGGGACUGUGCCCACCAGUUCUCCUGGCUCUCCUGCUCCAGGUUUACUCUCAUGGGGUCAUGGGUGGUGGGAUAGCUUAGGGCUGGGGGAACUAGAUGAUAUACCACCCACUGGUGAGCCCUCGUCCUCCCCAGCCCGGCUCACCUCUACCCCAGCCUCAGAGAGCAAGUCCUCUGCCUCCUCCUCCACCUCCUCCACCCCUGGAGGACGGGAGGCUGUCCCAGACACCACUCAGCCCAAAGGGGGGACGUUGGUACAUGUGGCCCCGUCAAAAGUUGAGAUCUCGCCCCAGCCGGAUUAUAUUCCCACUAGAGCAGAUGGCCUGGCUAGUGUUGGGAGAGAGAGAGUGAUGGUGAAAGAGGAGGGGAGUGCUGAGGGGGCCUCCGAAGAGGCGGGAGGGAAGAUCCAGUUCACCCGUCUCCCCGUUGAAACCAGCAAACCCAUAAUCAGAGUCCCUCCAUCCAACGAGAGAACCACAAGGAAGGAGCAGUCAGGAGCCAGUCGCAGCACAACUCUACCACCAGUCAACAGCUCCCCUUCUGGGUCAGACAGCAGAAACUCUUCCCCUCCAUCCAGACCAGGUACUGGAGCUCUAGCCCCUCCACCAUCAGCCUCAGUCAUCCAGGGAAGCUCCAAGGUGGCCUCGUGGUCCCUCUCCUGGGUCUCAGUGGAGAGAUCUGCAGAGCAGGGAGGUGAGGGUCCAGAAAGUGGGCCCUUGGCGCUGCCCUCCGGACCCCCAGUGGAAGAAGAUACAGCCUGGUCUCACGCACUGGGCUCUGGUUUGCCUAGCAACCUGAGCGAGGAGGGUGGCAGGAGUGCAGGAUUCAACCGGAGCAACAGAACUCAGGGCUCAGCUGGUGUGGGGGAGCCCUGUGUGACCAACCCAUGUCUGCAUGGAGGGCAGUGUGUGCCUCAGGGCAAGGGCUACAGCUGCUACUGCCCACAAGGCUUCACGGGGGAGAACUGUGAGAUCGACGUGGAUGACUGCCAGUCCAAUCCAUGUCUAAACGGAGGCACCUGCAUCGACAAGAUUCUCUCGUUUGUCUGCCUCUGUCUGCCCAGCUACGCAGGAGACACCUGUGAGAAGGACGUUGAGAGCUGUGAACAUGGAUGGAGGAAGUUCCAUGGCCACUGCUACAGGUACUUCUCUCACAGACACACCUGGGAGGAUGCAGAGAAGGACUGCAGAGUGCACAGCUCCCAUCUUAGUAGUGUCACCUCAGUCACAGAGCAGGAGUUCAUCAAUGGGCUGGGCCAUGAUAACGCCUGGAUUGGCCUGAAUGAUCGCACCGUAGAGGAGGACUUCCAAUGGACUGAUGUCAAUGACCUGGUAUAUGAGAACUGGCGAGAAGGCCAGCCUGAUAACUUCUUCGCGGGCGGUGAGGAUUGUGUGGUGACCAUCGCCCAUGAGGACGGCAAGUGGAACGAUGUGCCCUGCAACUAUAACCUGCCCUACGUCUGCAAGAAAGGCACAGUGCUGUGUGGAACCCCACCCGCCGUGGAGAACGCCCAUCUGAUUGGCCGUCGGCGGUCCCACUAUGACAUACACGCUGUUGUGCGUUACCAGUGUACUGAAGGUUUCUACCAGCGCCACAUCCCCACUGCGCGUUGCCGGGCCAACGGCAUCUGGGACCGGCCCAAGAUCAUCUGCACAAAGUCUCAGCGAUCCCACCGGUCCCGCCGCAACCACCACCACAGCCAGCGCCGGGAGCGCAGGAACCACAGGAGACAUGGAGGAGAGGCACACAGGGAGAGGGAAGAUGAUGCACACAGCCCCUACUGAACCAAAAACUACACCUCCCAUAAUGCCCUGUGCCGGACCCCUGACAAUAGUUGACGUUCAUAUUUUCCUGACCUAUUUCAGUCUGUCUCUUUGGGUUAAAACCUCCCUUGAGAUAUUGUAUGUGUGCAAAACUUUUAUUCAAAUGAACUUAUUGACAUCAGUACAAAAAAAAGUGAAUUGUUCACACGUACAUAUCUAAAGUUAGGAUUUGUUCCUUUGUUGUUGAUUUUGUUUACCCCAGGUCCAUUACAACAGUAAUACUUGUUCUCUCGCUAACACGGUCGCUAAUAUCUAAGAAACAGCAAAUCCUUGGCAUGUGUAUGGAUAACCUAUUCUCGCUGUCUAAACAUAGACAGUGACGUGUGUGUGUGUGUGUGUGUGUGUGUGUGUGUGUGUGUGUGUGUGUGUGUGUGUGUGUGUGUGUGUGUGUGUGUGUGUGUGUGUGUGUGUGUGUGUGUGUGUGUGUGUGUGUGUGUGUGUGUGUGUGUGUGUGUGUGUCAGGGUGUCUAUGCUAUGCGAGUGUAUGUGUUCUGCAAAGUUUGAAGCUUGUUCUACAUCUCAGAACUCAUUUUAGUAUUCUGUUUAUAAAGCACAAAUGUAAUUAAUGCCAGUGAGCUAGUUAGCUUUCAGUCUCAAAUAUCCCAGAGCUUUUGUAUGUAUACUGUAUUUGUUGUGUUUCUUUAGGACUCCUGAAUAGCAUGUCUGUUUUAUUAUUCAACUUACAUGCCAUUUUUAAUAUUUGCUCUCUCUUCAUGUAAUGUUACUAUUUAUUAUGGAUUCUUCCCAAGUUAAUAUACAGUAUGUUGAUUUGUUUUGACAUAAUCCAAUGAGGCAAUGUAAUACCUUUUUGUUGUAUAUACCAUUCUUACAAUCAAAAGUAAUGAAGGUAACCCUUUGAUGGCCUGUCUCUGUACUGUAAAUACUGUGGUGUUUUGUUUGUUUGUUAUUGACUGGUAUCUGAUUGAUACCUGAGCCUUGUCAUGACCCAGUCAUGUACCAGUCAUGUACCAGUCAUGUACCAGUCAUGUACUCCGUAUCGCCCUCUUAAAUAACAACUGAAACACACCCAUUGAUCUAGACGGAAUAGGAUAGAUCGAAAUACUGCGGACUGGGACAAAACUGCUCGGUGGUCAAUAGUCCCAAUCUUUGCCCGGCUCCAAUAUGUGAGGGGCAGGAUGCCAUGAUUCAUGAUGCAUAUGGUUCUUCUGAUAUUUGAUUGGGCGUAAAUCCUUUUUGUUGGUGUUAUGACUUCCUGUCCUGCUGUUGUGUUCCAUUCUUAAUAAAGCUGCAGAAACGUAAUGAACGAC